GCGAAUGGAACGCUGGGAGCCGUGACGUGUCCCUCAGGCCGCCGCCCUCCCGGCUCAAACUAUAUAAAGGGCGCCGCUCUCGGCUUCUGCCUUUUUCGCUACGGGUUUGCCGCUGCUUCAGAGGUGCUUUAUCUGAAGAGCAAGAGAACCAUCUACUAACAUUCCAAAAUGGGAAAGGAAAAGACCCACAUCAACAUCGUUGUCAUCGGACACGUCGACUCUGGCAAGUCCACCACCACCGGUCACCUGAUUUACAAAUGUGGUGGAAUUGAUAAGAGGACCAUUGAGAAGUUUGAGAAGGAAGCUGCUGAGAUGGGUAAGGGCUCCUUCAAGUAUGCCUGGGUGUUGGACAAGCUGAAGGCAGAACGUGAACGUGGUAUCACCAUUGAUAUUUCUCUUUGGAAGUUUGAAACAAGCAAAUACUACGUCACUAUCAUUGAUGCCCCUGGACACAGAGACUUCAUCAAAAACAUGAUUACUGGUACCUCCCAGGCCGACUGUGCUGUCCUGAUUGUUGCGGCUGGUGUUGGUGAAUUUGAAGCAGGUAUCUCCAAGAACGGGCAGACCCGUGAGCAUGCCCUUCUGGCAUAUACACUGGGUGUAAAACAGCUCAUCGUUGGUGUUAACAAAAUGGAUUCCACCGAGCCACCUUACAGCCAGAAGAGAUACGAGGAAAUUGUCAAAGAAGUCAGCACAUACAUCAAGAAAAUUGGUUACAAUCCUGAUACAGUGGCUUUUGUGCCAAUUUCUGGCUGGAAUGGAGACAACAUGUUGGAGCCCAGCUCUAAUAUGCCCUGGUUUAAGGGAUGGAAAGUGACCCGUAAGGAUGGCAAUGCUAGCGGAACUACACUGCUGGAAGCUCUGGAUUCUAUCUUGCCACCAACUCGUCCAACUGACAAGCCACUGCGUCUGCCACUUCAGGAUGUCUACAAAAUUGGUGGGAUUGGUACCGUUCCAGUUGGUCGUGUGGAAACUGGUAUCCUGAAACCAGGCAUGGUUGUAACAUUUGCCCCAGUUAAUGUUACAACUGAAGUAAAAUCUGUGGAGAUGCACCAUGAAGCUCUGAGUGAAGCUCUGCCUGGUGACAAUGUUGGCUUCAACGUAAAGAACGUGUCUGUUAAAGAUGUCCGUCGUGGUAAUGUUGCUGGCGACAGCAAAAAUGAUCCACCAAUGGAAGCUGCUGGGUUCACAGCACAGGUUAUCAUUUUGAAUCAUCCUGGCCAAAUUAGUGCUGGCUAUGCCCCUGUGCUGGAUUGCCACACUGCUCAUAUUGCCUGCAAGUUUGCUGAGCUGAAGGAGAAGAUUGAUCGUCGUUCUGGUAAGAAGCUGGAAGAUGGUCCCAAAUUCCUGAAAUCUGGAGAUGCUGCCAUCGUUGACAUGAUUCCAGGGAAGCCCAUGUGUGUGGAGAGCUUCUCUGACUAUCCUCCUCUGGGUCGCUUUGCUGUGCGUGAUAUGAGACAGACCGUUGCUGUUGGUGUCAUCAAGGCUGUCGACAAGAAAGCAGCUGGUGCUGGCAAGGUCACAAAGUCUGCCCAGAAAGCUCAGAAGGCUAAAUGAAAAUUCUGUACAUCUGCCACCCCAGUCUUAAUCAGUGGUGGAAGCAUGGUCUCAGAACUGUUUGUCUCAAUUGGCCAUUUAAGUUUAAUAGUAAAAGACUGGUUAAUGAUUACAAUGCAUCGUAAAAGCUUCAGAAGGAAAGGAAUGUUUGUGGACCAUUUGUUUCGUGGCAGUUCUUAAGUUAUUAGUUUUUAAAAUCAGUAACCUUUUUUAAAUGGAAACAACUUGACCAAAAUCUGUCACAAAUUUUGAGACCAUUAAAACAAAGUUUAAUGCAAA